AUGCCCUCCAUAAACGCCGCCAGCGAGCGCAUUACAAGAAACUUCAUCGGUGCAGUCGAGGACGAGUGGCGGCUGUACAGCGAUAACUCGACAGACUACACCAUCGGCGCACCCAUAGGCUUCGGUGCUUCGUCUACCGUCUACACCGCCCAGUUCCAUCCACCAGAUGCGCCAAAUCCCAUCCCUUGCGCGCUCAAGGUCCUCGACCUCGACCGCCUGCCGCCCUCCGCCCUCCGUCUGCUCCAGCGCGAGACACAGCUCAUGUCCUUAUCAAAACACCCAAACGUGCUGCGCGUGCGAGGGACGUGGAUGGAUGGCCACAAGCUCUACAUCUCCAUGCGACUCAUGAAUGCCGGCAGUGCCGUGGACGUAAUGCGAUAUGCCUGGCCGGGCGGCAUGGAGGAAGAAGUCGUAAAGUGCAUCCUCAAGCAGGCCUUGGAAGGUCUCAACUACCUGCACACCAAUGGGCUCAUGCACCGAGAUAUCAAGCCGGCCAACCUCCUGAUUGAUGAUGACGGCACCGUGCUGCUUGGUGACCUCGGUGUUGCCGCCUUCCUGUGGGACGCAGAGGACACGCCCCCCGCGCCCGCGUUCCCGGCCGUCCAGAUCCACAAACGCGCACCACCCUCGCCGCGUCUCGCCCAUUUGCACCAUCCGCACCCUCAUGGCCACGUACAUCACCAUCACCAUCACCCACACCACUACUUACACACCAUCCAUCCGACCCCGCCCCGACUGACAAAGCGCAAGUCGUUUGUCGGCACGCCGUGCUACAUGGCCCCGGAGGUCAUCAACGGCAAGGCGUACGACGCCUCCGCGGACAUCUGGUCUUUCGGCAUCACGGCGCUUGCACUCACCCAAGGCCGCGCGCCGCGCUCGCUCGUCUCCACACAGACCGCGCUUCUCCAGACUGUCCGUGAUGCUGCGCCACAGCUCGACCGCACCGACGGCGUUCACACCUACUCGCGCGCGCUCCAGGAGGUCGUUGCGCGCUGUUUGGAGAAGGACCCGAGCAAGCGCGCGACCGCUGCCGAGCUCCUAGCAAUGCCCAUAUUCAAGAGCGCGAAGAAGAAGAGCUUUCUCGUCGGCGCGAUCCUGCAGGGUCUGCCCCCGCUCACGAGCCGUAUGGAGCGCCGGCGCCAGCCGUCGGACAUGACCCGCGCGACGAUGGACAGCUGGGACUUUGACGCGAGCAUCACGAGCCCGCCGCCGCUCACGAGCCCUAGCGUGAGCCUGUAUGGGCGGCGCAGGUCCGUGCCCCCCGUGGACCCUGUCGCGCUCGAUACCGAUGAGGAGGGCGGGUACGAUGCGGACGACAACGCGGAGGUGCUCAGCCCGAAGGAGCGUAACGACGAGCGGCGGACGAGCGCAGAGCUGUACGCGAUGCGCGAGCGCGGCCGCCCGGGGCGCCCGCGCUCACUGCGCUCCCAGUCCUGGGCGGACGCCGACAUUCACGGUGCCACGCACGGCACGCACCCGGCGCCCAUCGUGGAGGUCGAGAUCCCCGCCGCGACGUCGUCGUCCCCGUCGCCACCAUCAUCCGACUCGGAGUCAGAGUCGGAGCAGGAGCCGCUGAAGGCGACGCUGACGAUCCCCACGCCGGCCCUGUCGUCCUCCCCGUCCGGCUCGUCCUACACCUCCGAGACGAGCGACUCCGCCGCGACGGGCCGCCAGCGCCCGACGCUCGCGCCCGUCGUCACCAACAAGCGGCAGAGCUCACCCGCGCCUGCGUCGGCCGGGCUCUGGCGGCGGCUCACGGCGCGCAAGGAGAGGGAUGCGCCGGAGAAGACACCGCGCCGCGGGUCGUUUGGCGCGAGCGGGAGUGGGAGCGAGAAGGACAGCCCGACGGUAACGCCUUCUCCUCCUAUUCCUUGCACUUGCCCGGGUCCGAGUCCGCCUACUUGGCACUACGGCGAUGCCUCAGGUGGCACAGCUUUUACAACAUUCCGCCGCUACAUGCGCGGAUGGCCUUCCCGGACACCAUUCCUUCAAUUGAAUUUCACCGCGUUCAGAACCGUUAGAUAG